AUGAAGCCCGCAUCGUCAACACCAACCGCCAUACUUCUGAUUGACAUCCAGAAGGCCUUCCAACACCCGACUCAAUGGGGCUUAGAACGAAGCACGCCAGAUUUUGAGAACAAUAUUGCAAACAUCAUCCAAGCGGCGCGCGUAUACAACAAUGGACUAACAGAGCCGCUCUCAGGCCCAGUGAUUAAUCCUAUCCAUAUCAUCCAUAUCCAUCACCAUUCCAGCAGUCCCGACUCCGCUCUCCACCCGUCAGCUAAGGUGCCCGGUACCGAUUCGCCCGGCAUAGAGCCCUUGGAUUGCGCCGCACCCCUACAUACUGAGCCUGUUGUCAUCAAAAACGUCAAUUCUGCAUUCAUUGGCACCAACCUUGAAGCGAGACUGCGCGCUCUUAAGGUGCGACAGCUUAUCAUUGCAGGAUUGACAACGGACCACUGCGUCAGCACCACCACUAGGAUGGCGGCCAACCUCCAUGUUCUGGGUGAGGAAGCAGGUACUGAUGGGAAUGGUAUUUUUGUGAUACAAGAUGGAACCGCUACGUUUGCUAAGGGCGGUUUUGAUGCAGAGACUAUACAUGCAGUGAAUCUCGCGAGCUUGAACGGAGAGUUUGCUUCGAUUAUUACCACAAAGAGCGCUAUGAAAGCUCUGUUCUAA